GCGCCAAAGCCAAUUUCAAAGGAAACGUCAAUUGAUCGACGGAGACGUCUUCGCAAGGAAUUCCACCACAGGCUAGGGCUCCUCAACCCACGCUGGCCCAAGAUGACUAUUAACCCGACCUUUCUCGCAAAGCGGACGCGAUCCUCCGUCAACUGGACCGAUGCGAAGACUCGUGUGAUUCAUUCCUACAGGGAAUGGCUUAGAGCGUCCCCAGAGAUCCAAACUAUGUACUCUCUGAAUAUCCCCGUGUCGGCUAUCCGGACGAAGAUUCGCCAGGAAUUCGAGAAACACCGCUACGUGAGCCAAUUGCCAGUCGUCGAUGUAUUAUUGUAUCAGAGCCAUGCAGAGUUCCAGGAAACGCUGAAUUACUGGAAGCAGCUUUCUCAUGUGAUGAAGUAUUUCCGACCAGAAGAGGAGCCUGGUGCACGUUUACCCCAGAACUUCAUCUCUGGUUUCUUGGAGGGCCGUAACUGAAUUUUCCGCCGUUGAUGAUCUCAUUAUGUUUUUUGUGUGGAGGGGGUUUACACUAUUCCGCAGCCCUCUUCUGGCUGGGCAAUUGGAGGGUUCCGCGAUACUGAUUAGAGGAAAUUCUGUAUAUAUUGUCGGACCAGAUAACUUCGAGGAUCCCU